AUGAGCGAGGUCCAGUGGCCCGCGCAGAAGGUGCGCAAGACCUUCUUCGACUACUUUGAGCAGCGGGGUCACGCUAUCGUGCCCUCGGGCUCCGUCGUCCCCCACAAUGACCCCACGCUCCUCUUCACCAACGCGGGCAUGAACCAGUUCAAGCCCAUCUUCCUCGGCACCAUUGGCAAGUCGGACCCCAUGGCGAGCCUCAAGCGCGCGGCCGAUUCCCAAAAAGUCAUUCGCGCCGGCGGCAAGCACAACGACCUCGACGAUGUCGGCAAGGACAGCUACCACCACACCUUCUUCGAGAUGCUGGGCAACUGGUCCUUUGGCGACUACUUCAAGAAGGAGGCCAUCGCCAUGUCGUGGGAGCUUCUCACAAAGGUCUACGGACUCGACCCGACGCGCCUGUACGUUACAUAUUUCGAGGGAAGCCCGUCGUUGAACCUCGAGCCCGACCUGGAGGCCAAGGAGCUGUGGAAGGCCAUUGGCGUCCCCGAGGACCACAUUCUCCCCGGAAACAUGAAGGACAACUUCUGGGAGAUGGGUGACCAGGGCCCUUGCGGUCCCUGCAGCGAAGUGCACUACGACAAGAUCGGUGGACGCAACGCGGCGAGCCUCGUCAACGAGGACGACCCCAUGGUCGUCGAGAUCUGGAACAUUGUCUUCAUGCAGUUCGACCGCCAAAAAGACAAGAGCCUGAAGCCACUGCCCGCGAAGCACAUCGACACUGGCAUGGGUUACGAGCGCCUGGUUUCUGCGCUGCAAGACACCGAGUCCAACUACGCGACCGACUGCUUUACCCCGCUGUUCAAGCAGAUCCAGGAGGUUACGGGCGUCAGGCCGUACACCGACAAGUACGGCAAGGACGAUGCGGACGGCAUCGACACCGCCUACCGAGUCGUUGCCGACCACAUCCGAACCCUGUCGUUUGCGAUUUCCGACGGCGCUGUGCCCAACAACGACGGCCGCGGCUACGUUAUUCGACGAAUCCUGAGACGAGGCGUGCGCUACGCGCGCAAAUACCUCAACGCUGAGAUUGGCUCUUUCUUCUCCAAGAUCCUGCCUGCGUUGGUUGACCACAUGGGCGAGCAGUUCCCCGAGCUGGUCAAAAAGCAGGUGGACCUCAAGGAGAUUCUGGACGAGGAGGAGGAAGCGUUCGCGCGGACGCUGGACCGCGGCGAGGCUCAGUUCGAAAAGUAUGCGGCCAAGGCGGCCAAGGACAACGUCAAGAAGCUUGACGGCGACAUUGUGUGGAGGCUCUAUGAUACCUUUGGAUUCCCGGUCGAUUUGACCAAGUUGAUGGCGGAGGAGCGCGGUCUGGACAUCGACGAGGAGGAGGUGAACGUCGCCAAGGAGAAGGCGCGUGAGGCCAGCAAGGCGGUCAAGGAGUCGGUGGAGACGUUUGCGAAGCUGGACGUGCACCAGAUUGCGGAGCUGGAGCAGCAGCGCAAGGUCAGCCGGACCAACGACGACAGCAAGUUUGUCAAGGGCGACAGCACGGGCAAGGUGCAGCUCAUCUUUGACGGCAAGACCUUCCACAACUCCACCAAGGACCUGAAGCCCAACACCGCCAUCGGCCUUCUGUUGGACAGCACCAAUUUCUAUGCCGAAUCCGGUGGUCAGGUCGCCGACACCGGCCGAAUCGUCAUCGACGACGUUGCCGAGUUCAAGGUCAUGGACGUCCAGGAGUACGGUGGCUACAUCCUCCACAGCGGUUACAUCGAGUAUGGCGAGCUCUCGACCGGAGACAAGGUCAUCUGCGAGUAUGACGAGCUCCGGCGGUCGCCCAUCCGCAACAACCACUCCGGCACCCAUGUUCUCAACCACUCCCUGCGACAGGUGCUUGGCGACGACAUCAACCAGAAGGGCUCGUUGGUCGACAACGAGAAGCUCCGAUUCGACUUCUCGCACAAGGCCCAGGUCAAGAUCGAGGAGCUCAGGAAGAUUGAGGAUAUGUCCAACGCGGACAUCCAGAAGAACCACAAGAUCUUCGCCAAGGAUGUUGAUCUGGACCUUGCGCGCCAGAUUGAGGGUGUCCGUGCCGUGUUCGGCGAGACGUACCCCAACCCCGUGCGAGUCGUGUCCAUCGGCAUGGACAUCGACACGAUGCUCAAGGAGCCCAAGAAGCCGGAGUGGCGCGAGUACAGUGUCGAGUUCUGCGGUGGCACCCACGUCGAGCAGACGGGCCUGAUCAAGGACCUCGUCAUCGUCGAGGAGAGCGGCAUCGCCAAGGGCAUCCGCCGCAUCAUCGCCUACACUGGCGAGGCGGCGCACCAGGUGCAGCGAGACGCGGCCGAGUUUGCCAAGACGCUGGAUGCGCUCGAGGCCCUGCCGUUCGGCCCCGAGAAGGAGGCGCAGGUCAAGGCUGUCUCGCAGGAGCUGAGCCAGCUGGUCAUCUCUACCCUCACCAAGGAUGACUUCAACCAGCGAUUCCAGAAGAUCACGACGUCGGUCGUCAACGAGCAGAAGAAGCGCCAGAAGGCCGAGGCCAAGACCGCGCUCGACACGGUGCUCAAGCACUUUGAGAAGAACGAGGAUGCCAAGUGGUUCGUCGGCAGACUGCCGAUCAGCGGCAACGCCAAGGCCCUGACGGAGGUGAUUAAGCACUUCCAGGGCAAAGACAAGGAGAAGUCGGUCUACCUCUUUGGCGGCAGCAAGGAGGACGGCGCCGUGGUGCACGGCGUGUUUGUCGGCUCGCACCUUGCGUCUCAGGGCGUCACCGCCGAGAAGUGGGCGGCCUCGGUGUCCGAAGUCGUGGGCGGCCGGUCCGGCGGCAAGGAGCCCACGCGGCAGGGCCAGGGCACCCAGCCGGAGAAGAUUGACGACGGCGUCGAGACGGCGACCAAGUGGCUGGACGAGAAGCUGAAGCUGUAG